AGUGUGCCCCCUUACAUUAGUUGUCCCCAUCAGAGUGCACCUUUAAAUCAGGUAUCCCCAUCACAUUGCCACCUUACAUCAGGUAUUCCUGUCAGAGUGCCCCCUUACACUCAAAGUAUCGCUUUCUAUCAUAUUUCCCCAUCAGAGUGCCCCUUUCCAUCACAUGUGCCCAUCAGAGUGCCCCUUUCCAUCACAUGUGCCCAUCAGAGUGCCCCUUUCCAUCACAUGUGCCCAUCAGAGUGCCCCUUUCCAUCACAUGUGCCCAUCAGAGUGCCCAUUUCCAUCACAUAUGCCCAUCAGAGUGCCCCUUUCCAU